AUGGAAUUGGAUUGGAUUUCCGAUUUAACAAUUCAAAAUACUGAACCUUCAAAAGAGAAGUUAAAGGAAAUUGUAGAAAAUGUAAAAUUGUCACAUAAAAAUGCACAAUUAGCAAAAGAUGAAUCUGCAAAUGAAAUCAAAUCUACAACGGCUAUUAAAAAAAAACCAUUGAUGAUAAGGAUCAAGGAUGAAUUAAUACAUUAUUGGGAUGGAACAAAACUUUUGGGAUUGGAAAUAAAAAUUUCAACAAAGCUUUUGUAUAAAUUGCUCAAAGGACAUAAAUUAACCCGCAGAGAAUACAGACAAUUGAGAAGAACUACAACAGAUUUAUUCAGACUUGUUCCAUUUGCAGUCUUCAUAAUUGUGCCUUUUAUGGAAUUUUUAUUACCAGUAGUAUUAAAGUUAUUUCCAAAUAUGUUACCAAGUACAUUUGAAGAUAAAUUUUCAAAGGAAGAAAAAAAAAGAAAAUUGCUCAAAGUUCGUUUAGAGAUGGCAAAAUUUUUACAAGAAACACUUGAAGAUACUGGUGCAGUAGGUUCUAAAAAAGCAGAAGCUGCAAAAGAAUUUGCAGAAUUCUUUCGUAAGGUUCGAACAACUGGAGAGCAAGCCAAUACAGAAGAUUUACUUCGUAUUGCUAACCUUUUUGAAGAUGAAUUGACUUUAGACAAUUUAUCUAGACCUCAAUUGGUCAGCAUGUGUCGUUAUAUGAACAUCAAUGCUUUUGGCACUGACAAUUUUUUGAGAUUUCAAAUCAGGGCUAGAAUGAAAAGUAUUGAGGAAGAUGAUGCGAUGAUAAUGUCAGAAGGUGUUGAUUCUUUAACUAUCCCAGAACUUCAACAUGCUUGCCAAUCACGUGGCAUUCGAACAAUUGGAGUUUCACCGGCUCGUUUACGUAGUGAACUUAAUCAGUGGUUGGAUCUUCAUUUAAACCAUAAAAUUCCAUCUACGCUUUUAAUUUUAUCAAGAGCUUUUAGUUUUCCUGAUCGAGCAGAAUUAGCUGAUCAGGCUGAAGCACUACAAGCAACUUUGAAUAGUUUGCCCGAAAAUUUGGUAAAUGAGGUAAAUGAACAAGUUUCAGAGGCAGAUGGUGGAGUAACCUACAAACAGAAACUUGAGGUUAUAGAGGAACAAGAGGAGUUAAUAGCCGAAGAAAAGGCUCAAAAGGAGAAAGAAGAGGCUGGAAGGAAAGCUCAAAAAGAAGCACAAGAAGCAGCCAAAGCUGGAGGUGUACAAGUUAUUAAAGAGGAGGAUGAUGCUCGUAUGACUGAACUACAACUUCAGGAACUUCGUGCGGCACUUUCAAUUUUAUCAUCAAAAUCAGCAGUUUUAGAGGAAAGAGAAGCGUUGAAUGAAAUAAAGGAAGAUAGAGAGGAAUAUAAAGAAGAUAUUGAAGAAUUAAAAGAAACAGGUAAAGAAGAGUCCAAAGCAUCACAUCGUCUUAGUGAGCGUUUAGAAAAGAUGAUACAAAAAAUAGAUAAAGAGUUGGAACAAUAUGACAGUGAAGUUGGCUCAAAAUUAAAUCUUAUUCAAGCCAAUGAAAGUGGGCAAAUUUCAGUCAAAGAUUUAGAAGAGGCACUUAGAAUUAUCAAGCACACACCGGGUGACAAUGAAAAAAUUCAAAAGAUUGUUAAAAAAUUAGACGUGGACGCUGAUGGAUUGGUCUUUUUAGAUCACAUUUCUGAAUUAUGUGUUGAAGGUGAAGGUUUGGGUGUUUUGGUGGAAUCAGAAGAAAAAGAUGGUAAAGGAAAAAAGGUCAAGAAACCUAAAAAGGAGGAUAUAGUGCAAAGUUAA